AUGUCCCUAAAAGUCUUAAUUCUCAAGGUGAAGUUGGACGUUUGUUUUGACUUUUGUAGAUACCCCGAACACUAUCUCCCUCCCUUUCAUUGUUCCAAUAUUACCCCCUCCCAUUCCAAUAUUACCCGCUCCCUUGAAAAUCCCAUUCUGCAAGGACCAAAUAAUGUGUUGAUGUAUCGUCUCCCAACGGCUCUGUUAUUAGGGGCACCUAAUGGAGGGGAUUGGGGGCGGCAGUCACCCAUUCUAAUUGUCUCUCCCGGCAUCAUCAAUCUGAUGCUCUCUCACCCUUACAUGAGUGUGUAGAGUACAGGCGCACUCCUCGAGCGCAAGUCCAAAUCCUAUUACCGCUUGUGUGGAGUAGAAGCGCACUCCCUGACUGACAGCCCAUAUCCAUAGAAACAGAGCAGGCAGGGGCGCUACAGACACAAGCCCGGCGCUGGGGGAGAGAAUGCGAUCUGUCUCUAUAGCCUUCAAGCUUCUACACUAGCCCUGUGUGCCACCCCUCAGACACCCUUUUACCCCCGGACGCAUACAUGCUGCUGGAUACAUAGGUUCGACCCCGCCUCCCCCGCACAUCCUCGAAACGCUGCAGGUGUCCGGUCUCGUGAGACCCACUGAUUUGGCAGAUUUUUCUUCUCUCUCUUGGUGGAAAUCCUCCUCAAACACGUGCACCAGGGAAGAUAAGACCAUGUGUAGAUGUCCCGCUCAUUCAGUGUCUCGCUCUUCAUGAUAAUAGUGGCAAGUUUGGUUUCAGGUUUGGACACAGCCACAAAACCGCAAAGCUGUAUCCGGCUGGAGGAUCCCUGGAUUUCCCCCACAUUAUGAUGCAGGGAGAUGGACGGAGGAGAAGAAACGAGAAUUAUUUUGACGACAUACCCAGAUCCAAGCUGGAAAGACAAAUGGCACAGAGUAAAUAUGAUUUUCAGACAGGAGACUGGGGAGAACCUUCGAUCAGUCUUCGAGCCCCCAACGAGACCACCGGAUCCAUCCCAUUCCAAUACUGGCAGCACCACCCAGAAAAACUUAUCUUCCAAGCAUGCGACUACAAAGCAUAUAGCAUGCCAUUUGGGGGAAAAUAUCGACCCAUAGUAAAUCCCGUUCCUCACCCCCAGUGUUCCUGGUCUGUGAUGACAAAGUAUUUAGGUUCAAUGCUGAUCAAAGAGCUGAGAGGUACAGAGUCAACACAGGACGCAUGUUCGAAAAUGAGGAAAUCAACAGAACAAAUGAAAAAAGUGCCCACAAUCAUUCUGACAGUAUCGUACAAAGGGGUCAAAUUUGUGGAUGCAGUAAAUAAGUCUAUGAUUGCUGAACACGAAAUCCGAAAUAUCUCCUGUGCUGCACAGGAUCCCGAAGAUCUUUCCACUUUUGCUUACAUCACAAAAGACUUAAAAUCAAACCUGCACUACUGCCAUGUCUUCACAGCAUUUGACGUGAACUUAGCAUACGAGAUCAUUCUAACAUUAGGACAAGCAUUUGAGGUUGCUUAUCAACUCGCUCUACAGGCGAGGAAAGGAGGCCACUCGUCAACACUUCCUGAAAGCUUUGACAGCAAGCCCACCAAGCCAAUCCCCAAGCCCCGUGUUAGCAUCCGAAAGGCAACGAUAGAUCAACCUGACCAAAAGACUCUAUCCAAUCUGCCUUGGAUUGUAGAACCAGGCCAGGAAAAGAGAGGGAUUAGCACCAAGUACGAAACCACAAUCUUUUAAUAGAGGUCCAUCCUCACCUUUUUGGUGUGCCUUCGUACACUUCUCUGAAAAACUUCAAAACAGCAAUCCCAUCCUCUCUUCCUGUGCGGAUGAACCCAGUGCUGGCGCAGGCUCUGCUGCAUCAGCCAAAUAUAUCAUUUUAAAGAAAAAAUUACAAAAUACUGGCAAGUAGAGGAAACCUAUAUUUUUUGAUGAUUUUUUUUUCUUGUAAUCUUUAUUGCAGUGUUUUUUUUUCUUUUUCUUUUGCAUUUGGAUUUUACUGGGGAAAAAAGACUUUAUGUAAAUCAUAUCAAGCUCUCUUACAAGCAUUAUGCAUCAAAUUUGUGGCAGUGCAAUUGUAUACAAACUCAAUACACAGUAUUUGGACUUGUAGAAAUACAAUUGUGUAUUUAAUAUUGCAAAAAAAGAGGAAACCUAAAAAAAACAAAAACAUAUAUAAACUGCCAAGAAAAUGAACUGAACUGAAAUUUAUAUGCACAAAUUGCAUCUUUAUAUCUAAUUAUUGUAUUUGAUUUAACAAUGGAAAUAGCAACAUUCAGAUGUUUCUGAACAAACUGGGUUUGCUUCACUGUAAAGAGUACUACUUUGUAUAAUAUUUUAUAGGCUAUUGAAGUUGAAGCCUUAUUACUGAAGUGUAUACAAAAUAUUGUAUCCAUAAAGAAUAUUAUUGUCAGUAACAUGACAAAGAAAGCCUUUCAUCAUUAUAUUCCUUGGUUAAUUGUCGUUGGGAGGAAGAAGUUGAUUCUCUUGUCUUUGCUCCAAUUGUGUAAGCCCUGCCAAACACUGUUGGACCCUAACUGCAGUUGUUCAGGUGGGUCCAAACCAGUCUCCCCAUGUCACUAAGAGGAGAAAUAUAGGAUAAUGGUCACCAGGGGUUCUUAUUCGCCAAGGCUUUUCAUGGGUUCCUGUUGAAAGUCUUAGAACCAAGCACAUCCAGCCAACAAUCCUGCUUAAGAACUGGAAAACCCUUGGACAAGUCAACCUUACAUGAGGCAUCUCCCCUUUCCCAUGGCAUCCUCCAAAACAAGGUUGACCGAUAGCAGCACAGUGUUAGGUACCAGUUUAAAUUACUUAGCCACUAACUUCUGUUAAGACAAUGUUUGCUAAAUAUUUUUUAGUGCUAAGAUCAUAUCUCCAUUACUGCCACUAAACCUGUGACUAAACAUAAUCUAGUUCCAUAAUGGGUAGUCAUUUAUUGGAGAUUGUAGGUUAAACUAGGCAUCAAAUAAUGUUCUAGAGUUGGCAUGGCCCAUGGAAUGUCUCUCAACAAUGAAAAUCAUUUAUUUGACCUAACAUACAAUAUAUUUCUUUUUUCUAAUUA